AUGCUGUCCUCCCAAACGGCGUCGAUGAACCAUUCUACGGAGAGCGCCACCAGCAGCCUCCAGCGCUCAGGUCUCAACAUGAGUGUUGGCGACACAAAGUCCAUUGUGCUUGCCCUCCAGGCCCUGCAGGACAAGAUCCGUCGCCUCGAGCAGGACCGCAACCACCACCAGGACCAGUAUGAGCGGGCUCUGCAAGCACAUGAGGCGUACAAGCGAGACAUGGAGCAUCAGCUCGAACAGGAGCGCGCGCACCAUCGACAAAGUGAAAAGGAGUUGCAAGAGAUGGUACAGCGUGCCACAUCUGAAAAGGCUAAGCUGCAAAGUACAUUGGAGGAGAGUCGCAAGGACUUGGGGACUUUUAGGACAGAAUUAGAGGAGAUGCUCGUUAAGGAGUGCGAUGCCGCACAACAGCGGGAGAAUGCCCUAGCUACCGAGGUGGACAAGUUGCGUCAGGAGGUUGAAGAGCAGCGAAAGAAGCAUCGUGCCCUUAUUUCCUCCGUAGAGCAACUUCGCGCCGAGAAGGAGGCGGCACUUGACACCAACCAUCAUUUAGAGCUGGCGAUACAAGAGGUUCUGCGGAUGCAACAAAGUCGUGGGGGCGACCGCUCAUUCUUGCGGAAUGGUGACACCAGCAGAGUAACCGACGCUGGAAGGAACAGACGUGGUGGCCGUCGCGGCCGCACGUACAACAACACGUCGGUAGGUGACUCCAUGCACCGAACGAGCAGCUCCCAUCGUGCUGUCGAUCCACGUGGGAGGGAAAGUCGGCCAACGUCCGCACUUCGCAGCAGCAGUGUCACUCGGCGCACUUACCGUGAUCCAACGUACUCUUCCAUCCAACGUGACGUGCGCAAGGAUGGCGCCGGACAUUCACAUGAGGGAGCCGGUAGCGAGUACGCCCGCCCGCCUCCGUGUGCCGUGGUGCCAACAGUGUCGCGCACCCAACCUGCAACAUCGCCUGAAACGCGGCAGAGCGGCGCCAUGGCGGAGGUGCUGCAGGAAUUGCAGGCGGAGCUUGAGAGUCUCCACCAGCAGUACAAGGAGACGGUUGAGCGCGCGGCGGCUGAGGAACUCUCAACGGAGGUCCUCACAGCGGCACUGAAUCGCCUCGCCACAGUGAUGGAUCGCAAGACGGAGCAGAUACGCCUUAUCAAGGAGGCGCAGCGCGACCUUACACAGGCCGGAAUAGUAGAGGUGCCGACGUCGCGACCGGUGAGCUCGGCGAGGCGGCGGUCCCCUCCGGUCGGUUCAGACAAGGCAACACAGCGCAACCU